AUGACUCAAGACAAACAGCCCGUGAUUUGCGUUUUCUGUGGUGCCACACCUGGAAACGAUCCGAUUCACCUUGAAGCCGCCCGAACCCUCGCCUUUGAACUCCACAAACAUAAUGUCCAGCUAGUAUAUGGCGGCGGCACAACGGGGCUAAUGGGCGAGGUCGCCCGGACACUCGUAUCUCUAUCAGGCCCAAAGGCUGUACACGGUGUGAUCCCCCGCGCGCUCGUUAAGAUCUCUACAAAGAGCAACGGCAACGGCAAUGGCGAAAUAGCACCCAAUGGCGCCGGCGCGGGCAAGGCCGCAGAACGGGUAGUAUCGGAGGCUAUGGCAGAAGACGAUGGAAUCCCCGAAUCCGAGUAUGGGGUUACAACAAUUGUGCCAGACAUGCAUACACGCAAGCGGCUGAUGGCGACCAAGGUGCUUGAGGGAGGUCCUGGAUCUGGGUUCGUGUCAUUGGCUGGUGGAUUUGGAACCAUCGAGGAGGUGAUGGAGAUGACAACCUGGAACCAGCUGGGGAUCCAUAAGGUCGGGGUGGUACUACUCAAUAUUAAUGGAUACUGGGAUGGGUUGUUGUCGUGGGUUCGGACUGCUGUGCAACAAGGCUUUAUCAGCACAGAGAACGGCCGGAUUCUCGCUGAAGCCCGAGACCCCAAGGAGGUUUGUGGAAAGCUUUUAGAGUAUCACGUUAGCAGCGAGCGGAUGCAGUUGAACUGGGGCGAGGAGUGA